CUACAACAACAACUUUUAAGAUGCGUCAUUUCCUGGAGAUUUUCAAAAUGGCGGAUAAACAAACAGAUUACCCAAUUUUUGUUUUUUAAAAAUGACUUUUCUUUUUGUUUAAUCGCCGUGUUUUCUAGGUCAGUAUGUAGCAGAUUGUUCAAAACUUUAAGGAAAGUGUAGCGGAAAACACCAGCUCACAAUGACGGCUAUAGCGAGCAUGAUGGUGAAGCAGACGCACACCAUGCUGAGUGAGGAGACAGAGGAUGAGGAGCCAAUGAGUAAGCAGCUAGAAAUUCUGAUGGAGCGUCGGCGACAAGAAGAAGUUCGUAAAGCUCGCUUUCAUUGGGCGCUGCUCCGCAGUUCCAUCAAAAAUACAAUAACUGCUGUGAAAGAAUCAGAUGAAAAAAAUGUUCUCAUAUCCCAUGGUAUACAUCAUCUACGGAAAAUGAAUCAUUCAACUGAACUGAAACAAGUCAUGUUUAUAAAGGAGUUAGAUGAGUAUUUGACAACAGAUGGGAAGACAGUACGUCUGUUCCUAUCUGAUGGUAGGAAGAAGAAGACAUAUACUCCAGAGGAACCUAUGGACCAUAUCUCAUACUGUUCAAGCUAUAAACAAUAUGUGGGCUGGAUUACAGGAGGCGAUGAAUUGUUUUUGAUGAACAGUGAGUUUGAGAUAAUAUCCCAGUCGAGAGCUCCCAGCAAGAUUGUCCUGGCAGAGUACAACAAACACACCAGUGAAUAUAUCACAGUGGGACCAGGAUAUUUUGUGACGUGGGCAUUUCGUUAUGGCGCACGACAUCUGAUCCCACGGAAGAUGAACCGUACAGAAUACAAAGAGAACAAUAUGUUCAGUCACAUGGUGCUAGAAGGAACGGCUAGUCGAUCGCAGAAAAUAUUCCUCUCUGUUCAUAACUCUGUUGUAGUAUACAAUGUGUUUGAUGGGAAACAGCUAUCUUACAAAAAGGACCUACAUGAGCGUGACAUCACCACCAUGACUUUCUUCAAUCCCCUUAAAUACCUUAUCACAGGUGCUCUCGAUGGAACCAUAAAAAUCUGGGACAACAAAUGGCACGUGCAGAUGGUGUUUGUGGGUCAUACAGGAAGUAUUAAUGCCUUAGAUAUUUACCCACACGGCUCUGCCAUCAUAUCUGCCUGUGCUGAUAAGACUAUCCGGGUCUGGAAUCUCGACACUUGUGAUGAAGUUGACAGAGCUACGUUGGAUGGUCCAGUGACAAGCUUACAGACAACAUUAGACUAUGACACUUUCUUCACAUUCUGUGGUCAGACAGUGGACAUGUGGAAGAUACAACAUCUUUAUCAAAUACACACAUCAGUUGGUCAAAGAGUUGUGAAGAUAAAGCAGACAAGUCAUCCCAAUUUUUCUACACGUUCCGUGGUGAUGAGCAGGGACAGUAGUGUAAGACUUGUCUCCCCUGUUUCUGGUGAUGUCAUCACUACGUUACUGCUGAGUCCAAACAAGGGCCUCGUUGAUGUAGCUUAUGCCAUAGAGCAAGAGACAAUGUUCUGUGUUUUGUCAAAUGGAGACAUCUUGAAGGUGAGGACAGACACAAAUCCCUGUCAUGUUGUGAAGCAGUGGAAGUAUGAGGAUCCGGAAAAAGAGGCAUGUAACUAUUUGUUCGUGUAUGAAUAUGUGGUGGAUAUUCAGCUUAAAACUGAUACGUGGGCUGCCAUUAAACGUGGCGUGACCACGAAAAGUCUGAACGUACCUGAAGAAGAUGAGGAUGAUGAUGAUGAUAGCAGGAGUCAGAAAAAGAAGAAAAAUAUGAACAGAACUCUUCUCUUGGGAGGAAGAAAAGAUGGAUAUAUAUGUGUAUAUGACUGGGAGACUGGCAAAGUGGAUUUCAAAAUUGAUGCUCAUGGAAGUAAAGGUGUGAUGAGUAUGAUUGCCAAUGCAAAAGUGGACCAACUAAUCUCUGCAGGCAAAGACAAUGUGAUCAAAGUAUGGCGUGUGUACCCAUUUGUACAGGAAGCUCUUGCACCGCUGAUGUCAUUUUUCUGUGCGCAUCUCCCGUUACAUAUGACCAUGAUCAAGACAAAUCUGUGUGUCGCCUUCCAGGAUCAUGCUACGGCAACAUACAGUGUUGUCAUGUAUAACCUCCGUGACAGAAUGUUUGGGACCGAGUCCCAUCUGGAUGCGUAUGAUCCGGAAAAUCGUUAUGAUCAUGAACCCGGAGACGACCAUGCGGAGACAAUUACUGGACUCAGUGCAUGCUCACGGUUGAAGCUGUAUGCAUCAAGCAGCUUGGAUGGUACUAUCAGGAUAUGGAACGAGACAAAUACUUUAGUCAGGUUGUUAAAGCUGAAGUCAGUACCUCACAGUGUUGGGUUCUGCAGUGCAAAAGGAGACCUCCUUGUAGGCAUUGAUAAUCAUCUCUACAAGAUACCACACUAUGUCUAUCUACCGAAGUCAUACAUGUUUAGAAUGGUCUCGAUGAAGUUUGGAAAACAAGCUGCGGAGCAUCCAUUACCUGAGACUCAGGAAAUAACUCAAAAAAUGACCAAAAAUGAUCUUUCUAGACUGAAAAAUUCACACUCCUCUUUUAAGUACUCAACAUUUACUGACAUCCUGACUCCAGAAGAAGAAGAAGAGAUAAACCGCGAGAGACUUAUCAAAGAAAAGGCAUUUAACCUCUUGUUGAACAGGGAGAACGAGUUGGCAAAGAUCCGAAAUGGGGAGUUGAUGUCAAGGAAGAAACCAAAAACAACUGCUAAGACAAAGAAGGUUGCAUUCACCCAGUAUAUGAAGAUGUUUUAUGAUAAACCAAAACCAACAAUUCCUAAAGAUGAUCCAUAUCCUGAAGACACUGUUAAAGAUGCUGUCAAAGAACCUGAGGUGCAAGAGAAAGAAGAAUAUCAUCCAGAAAGGGAACCAACAGGAUUUUUCCCACCGGCGUCGGAAGCCACACGACCCACGCCUCCUGAAGAUUCCCCUCUAAAGGCAGCUUAUCAUCUGGCCCCUAAUGGUUUUGUUCCCAACUCAAUACUCAUCAAACUGCUAUGGCCACAGGAGGCUAAAGACAAGAUGGCACAAAGAAAGAAAGAAGAAUGGAAAUUGCCAUCAUUCUCUGAAGCUCAGCUGGCAGCAAUUAAUAAAGUUAAACAGGAAAGAGAAGAGAUUGAAAGAAGGGCACAACAGCAGGCAAAUCUUGAAAAAUGGCCAUCUCUUGAUAGUUGGCGGGCCAAUUCUGGGUCAACUGUCAGUAAACCCCAGUCCGCCCUAACAAUUUCCUCAAAACGAACUUUAGGGUCAGGACAAAAAUCUGUUACAUUUUUGUCGGUUCGAAGUGGAAAAGGGGAUGGUGAGGAGGAGUUACUGGAGGAAGAUGAAGAUGAAUUUGAGGAUCGCGUUAUGGAGAUGGAUUGGGGAGAUGAUGAGGAUACUAUUUAUAAAGAGAAGAGUAAGCUCUCUGAUACGGAUGGUACUAAAUCAUCUCUUAUGAAUAAAUAUGCAGAUAUAAUGGCUAAACCCCCAACGCCGCAGCCGGAAGAGGAAGCUAUUACAAAGGAGGACACACUGGCUUCAAAGGAGAAAACAAUGGAAUCUACAAAACAAACUUCCGAUCUUAGUCAGAAAUCCACCCCUCGAGAAAUCAAGCCUACGAAACCUAUUAAAAAACUUGUAUCACGCCCACCACCUCCACCGCCGCAACCAAAGACAAAAACACCUCCACCACCAAAGAAAGAGACGCCAGAACAAAAACAUGUUGAUCGUGUAAAGACACCAGUACCAAAACCAGUUACCCCGCCACCUCCACGACAGAAGACGCCAUUACCUGGGUUUAUCACGCAGUUCAAGGGGGUCGAAUGGUUUGAGAAGUACUUUCCUAAUUGUGAAAAUACAAUACCAAAACCAUGGUCUCUGGAAAACUUUGUUGCUGCUUUAGUCAAACUGAUAAAAACAGUCGACUAUUCCUAUAAAAUUGCCAUUGUGGAAGCUCUACUUAUGCUGCAUGCUCAAGACGAGUUUGCUGAUAGCCUUUCACACUCGGUGAUGAAAGCAAUGACCAGUGUGUUGAAUCAUCAGAAAGAUUAUCCUACAUGUAUGAUCGAGGAUCAGAGAAAUUUCAUUAUAGUUUGCAUCAAGGGUAUGCAAAAAUUGUUGACAAGCCCUGAUAAGGAGUUUGUUACAGAGUUAUUGGUACAGUUUCUCGAUGGAGAUAAAGAAGUAAGGGCUGUUGUAAAUACCAUACUGACGUCUAUUGGUAUGCAGGAUCAGCAUAAAUUCUUGCCGAAAGAGUUGGACUCGUGGGAUAUCUGGAACGUAGAGGAGGAUGAUCGUAAAUCAGACCUCAGGAAAAUGUGUCAUCAGUGGUUAGAUAGGUGGAUGACGACAUACAAAUUGCAUUUAGAAGAUACUAUUGAACGUAUGAAGAAGGGACAAAAUAUACACGGCCGAAUGUCAAGAGACCAGUUCAAGAAGAAGGGGUCAUCAUCACCACAGAGUAAAAGCAUUCUUAGGAGAUCAGUGGGAGUCGGCACCGAUACAGCUAUCAACGAAGAUCAGGAGACAAUAACGACUUUAGAUGAUGCUGGCAAAAGAGGUGUUACAGUCACAUUUGACAAGCCGCCCGAUCCAGCACUUAUUGAGAAUGCCACUUACAUUGAUGCUAUUAAUUAUUUCUGUGAUAUGAUGUUUGAGAAAGAGAUAGAGGCUAUGAGGGCACCAGGCAAGCGUAUGCCAGGUUCUAAAGAAAAUGUUGUGCAGGCAAAAAAUACUGUCUUGGUAUUACCAAAGAUACCUCAUAAACCCAGCUUAGUUAGGCUUGGGGAGACACACACCAGUCACUGUCGACCACACAGAGAAACAAACCUUCAUGUUGAUUAUCGUCUGCCGCCGCAGACAGCAAGAGGUUACCAUCCAUUCCCUGGUCAGAUCAGCGGAUUUGUUAAUAGCAUUAACCUUCCAAUGAAGCCGCUCAUGUUGAAUCCUUUCCCAAAUGCUCUAGAUGCAUUGGACGCACGAUUCCAAGAACCUAUUUUGAUAACAUUAAAAUCAGCACAGAAAUAUUUCGUACCAUCACAAUCUAUCGUUCCUCAAGAGGCAGUUCCUGCCGCUCUGUAAUCUGAUUGGAUGAUCACAUUGAGGACAUGAUGUGCUACGUCAGUGUCUAUUUAUAUCUUUGAUUUGAUUGGCCGCAUUGACAUUUGUUAUUGCCUGGUGCAUAAAAAUGAAAAAAAAAGUUCUAAAGGAAUAAAUAUGGAAAUAACAGUCUUCAAGAUUUUAUAGACAGUUUUUAUCGAUAUAAGGCAUAUUUUUUUAGAAUAACUGAUACACGCGUUUAUAUCUUUAUCAAUUUUAUAUGUAUGUUAAAACUGUGUUGUGUUUUAUACAAUUUAUUAUGUUACAUAAAAUGUUGAUAUUUACUUUUGUUUCUAAAACGGUGCAAUGAAUCUUUCACUGAAUAGAUUAUGCAAAAUGCUGAAAUUUCAUUUUCAGAUUCUGGUCAGAUUAUUAACCGUCGAAAUUAGUGUAUUUUAGGCGGAACUUCUAUUAUACUGUCUUCAGUUGCAAAAGAAAAUUGUAUUACUAUGCCCUAAUUGAGGGAAAUGAUGUGAUACUCUGAAAUAUUUUUAUAUGUAUGGAACUAUAUAUAUAUAUAUCAAAUGUAUGCAUUACAAUCGAGCUCUCACAAGUAGCAUACUUGCACUACAUAAAUAUUGCAGCAUAGCUAAAGCAUUUCUGUAUGACAUUACUUCCAUUAAUUUAGGAAAACAUGACACUUUUUCUACAGUAUUGUCGAUACGUGUGUAGCAUUAAACGUAUAGUGUUACAUGUAUUUUGUCUGUGAUAUUUCUGAUUUUGAUAAAUCUUGAUUAGUAUACCAUUUGGUUAUGUUUUAGAUGACUGGUUAUACAAAAAUGAAUUAAAAUGAUAAAUUGUCACAAGUA